CUGCCACUCUCAGAGUCUCAGCAAACCAAAGGUGAUGUCGGUUGCAUAUCUUUUCUCCCAUCAUCGACUACCUAAAGGUUGAGGAUUCGAUCUCGUCUCCCUCUCAGACAUAAAUAGCCGUACAAGAUUUGUUGCAGAGGUUCUCAAUCCGAGACAGUAAAGGACUAAAGGGUUUUCUGAAAUCGGCAAAAUGGAGUCUAGUUCCAAAGUAUCUCGAGGUGGGUUUGCGGAGAUACGGCGGAGGGAGAUUGGUUUAUCUCAACCUAGAACCUUUGCCUAUCGAAUUGGUGGUUCAGAGGCUCUGGUGAAACGGGUUGAUCUUUACGGGAAGCUAGAGGGUCAUGGAGGUUGUGUAAAUUCUGCGCAAUUCAACUCUGCUGGUGACCUUCUAGUGUCAGGCUCUGAUGACAAACAAGUAAUAUUUUGGAACUGGGCAGCCAAAACUAAAAAAUUCUCUUACUCUUCUGGCCAUUCAGACAAUAUAUUCCAGGCCAGAAUUAUGCCUUUCACAGAUGACAGAACAAUAGUAACCUCUGGUGGUGAUGGUCAGGUCAGGCUGGGCCAGGUCCUAGAGAAUGGCAAGGUUGAUACAAAAUGUUUGGGGAAGCACCAGGGUCGUAUAUACAAGCUUUCUGUGGAGCCAGGGAGUCCCCACAUAUUUUACAGCUGUGGCGAGGAUGGUUUCAUACAGCAUUUUGACCUAAGAAGUAAUUGUGCUACCAAGAUUUUAUGUUGCUCUUCAUUCCCACAAACCAAUAAGGCUCACAGAAGCAUAAGGUUGAAUUCAAUUGUGAUUGACCCACGAAAUCCUAACUAUUUUGCUGUGGGAGGCUCCAAUGAAUAUGCCCGUGUUUAUGACAUAAGGAACUGCCAAUGGGAUUCGUCAAGUAAAGCAGAUAGGCCAGUAAAUACAUUCUGCCCCCGUCACUUGAUCAAAACUGAAAGUGUUCACAUCACUGCAUUGGCUUAUUCUUACAAGAGUGAGCUGCUUGUAUCAUAUAAUGAUGAACUUGUCUACCUGUUUCAAAAGAACAUGGGCAUGGGGUCCGAUCCAUCGUCUAUCCCAACUGAAGAUUUGGGGAAACUGGAUGAACCACAGGUCUACAAAGGACAUAGGAAUUCACAAACAGUUAAAGGAGUGAGUUUAUUCGGCCCUAAUGAUGAGUAUGUUUUGAGUGGGUCUGAUUGUAGUCAUAUUUUCAUCUGGAGGAAGAAGGGAGGUGAACUAUUGCGUUUAAUAAAAGGUGAUAGGCACAUAGUGAACCAUCUUGAGCCCCAUCCACAUGUUCCUGUUCUAGCUACCAGUGGACUAGAUAAGAAUGUCAAGCUCUGGGCUCCAAUCGCCAAGGAUUCCAAAUCAUUGCCUGGAAAUGCAGAUGAGAUAAUGGAGUCUAACAGACAGGGCAGAGAGGACCGUUCACGGAUAACACUUACUCCUGAUGUUAUCAUGCAUGUAUUAAGGCUGCAGAGAAGGCAAACUUUGGCUUACUUUGAAAGGAGGUUCCCUGGGGCUGAUCUUGAGAGUGAUGAAGAAGACGAGGGAGGAGUGGCUUAUGUUUUAGGAUUGUCGGACGGCGAUGCUUCUUCUGAGGAAGGUAUUACUGGAAAUUCCAGAGAGUGCAACAUUAGCUAAAACAUGUAUAGGUUGUAAGUAUGCACCUUUUUCUUUUUGUUCUCACUUUUUAUGUUGUAAUAGUUUUGAGUUAAUUCCAUAAAGUUAUUCUCAGCUUUUACAAGUUGUAACACAAUAUUUUGGGUGAUCUGAAUCAGUGGGAGUACAUGCCAUACAGAAAUUCUGCUAGG